GUGAUGGACUGUGCUGAAAAACUUCUCUGGUGAGGUCCAUGCAGGUGCCUGAGCUGCGUGUGGGAUUGUGACACUGUUCCUGUGAGGCCCCAGGCCUUCCCGCCUCCGGCCAUGUGGUGGUUCCAGCACGGACUUUGUAUAUUGCCGGUGGCCCUGGUGGUGUGGUCCUCGGCCACCCUCAUCUUUGCCUAUGUCACAGCGGUGCUGCUCAGGCAUGUGGACCCGGUGUUUCCCUUCAUCAGUGACACUGGCACAGUGGCUCCAGAGCGGUGUGUGUUUGGCCUCAUGCUCAACAUCUCAACCUUCUUAGGGGUGGCUACUGUGUUUAUUCGGUACAAGCAGGUCCAGGCCCUGGUGGGGCUGGAAGAAAGGCAGCUCCACCGCUGGAACCUUGCUGGCUUGGUGCUGGGCCUCAUCAGUGCCUUUGGAAUGUGCAUUGUCGCCAACUUCCAGAAAACUGUCAUAGUCUAUGUGCACCUGACAGGGGCGAUGCUGUCCAUUGUCAUUGGGGUGUGCUACAUCCUGGUGCAGACAGUUGUGUCAUACCGCAUGCAGCCGCAUAUCCACGGAAAGGCCAUCUUCUGGGCGCGGCUGGUAAUAUGGCUAUGGACAUCAGCAAGCUUUAUCAGCAUGUUGGUGUCCUCAGUGAUCAUGUACAACAGCCUGCCUGGGGUGGACGUGGCCAGAAAAAUGCACUGGGUCCCAGGGGAAGUGGGCUACACGGCUCACCUGGUCAGCAGCGUCUCUGAGUGGUCUUUGGCCUUCUCGUUCCUCGGCUUCUUCCUCACCUACAUCCGAGACUUCCAGAAAAUCAACCUGAGAGUAGAGGCAGUGCUGGAGAGCAACACCUUGUAUGAUUCUACUCACUACAAUGUCAGAGUACACGUACAUCAUGGAGUGGGAUCCCUGCUUCUGGCUGGGAGCAUCUGAGCAGGGCUCAGCCUGGAGGCGCAGGUGCACUCCUACUCAAAAGAGUGACAGAGUCCUGGGUCAUAAGCAGUGUCCCUCAUGAAACUGUAAGAUGAGAGAGCCGGGCUAUACCCACAGUCGCACACACAUUGCACUGGGAGGACAGAGAGGAGUACAUUAAAAGCUCUUUUAGCAUUUGGCAUAUCCCUGCAUUCCACUUUCACAAAUCAUUUAAUUUGCAUUUAUCAGUAAUCGAUCCAGAGUCUUUGUAACUGACUGCUGGGGACAACCCCCCUGUGAUUAACAUGAAGGUUAAUGUGGCAGUCAGUGAAUACAUUAGUAAUGUGUUUUACCCUCGGCCUCACAGCACGCACCACAUGCUUACUCAUCUUUAUGACCAGUUAAGUGCUUUAAACAAACAUAUUAUGCUGUGAAUCCAAUAAACAAUA